AACACACAACACAGUCCAAAAAAGCUCUGUUCUUACUAACCGAACAACAAUGGAGUCAUCAUCUUCCGCAAAACCCUCGGUGGGCCCCACACCCACCCCCAACCCCCUCCUAUCCCUUUCCACUUUCAUCCACCGCCUCGGCAACCAACUCACCACCCGACUCGAAGACACCAAGCGCCUCGCCGCCGCCGCCUUUCUACCACCACCGCCGCCGCCGCCGCUGUCCCUGCCCUUCGCCUCCGUGUCUCAGCGUCAGGGAAAGCAAUCCGCCGCCGCCGCCGCCGUCCAGGAAACCUCACUGAAUUCGGAGCACGUGGCGAGGAGGCUCGCCGGAACCUCAGUUUACACAGUGAGCAACACAAACAAUGAGUUCGUGCUCAUAUCCGACCGCGACGGGGUUAAAUCCAUCGGCUUGCUUUGUUUCCGGCGAGAAGAUGCCGAAGCUUUCCUUGCUCAGGUUCGGUCGAGAAGAGGAGAAUUGAGAGGUGGGGCGAAAGUGGUGCCGAUAACUCUUGACCAGGUUUAUAUGUUGAAAGUCGAAGGAAUAGCGUUCCGGUUUUUACCGGAUCCCGUUCAAAUAAAAAACGCGUUAGAGCUAAAAGCAUCCGAGAUCAAGACUGGGUUCGAUGGAGUUCCUGUUUUCCAGUCGGACCUUCUAGUCGUGAAGAAAAGGAACAAGCGGUAUUGUCCCAUAUACUUUCAGAAGGAGGAUAUAGAGAGAGCAUUAUCAACAGUGUCGAGGGUUUCAAGAGGACCUGGUGCCGCUCAGCACAUUAUGGUUGGAAGUUUGGAGGACGUUCUCAAGAAAAUGGAGAUAAAUGAAAAGAACUCGGGCUGGGAAGACUUAAUCUUCAUUCCACCUGGUAAAAGCCAUUCCCAACACAUUCAAGAUGUCGCAAAAGUAUAAGACGACAAGUAGGCAAGUUUAUAAACUCACUUGGUCAUCAAAGUUGAUCGGCAAAAUUUUCGACCCUUUGCUCCAUACGGUAAACGACCAUUUGAUUUUUUUUUGGCACAUUGAAGUAAAUUGAGGAGCUAAUUUUCAUCUUUCUUCUUUCUUGAUUCGUCUUUUGUAUUUAUUUAUUUUUAUAUUCUUUCUUUUUCGUUGCCUAUGUUAAGAUCGGCAUAUGUACUUGUAACAAAUUUUGGUUCGUGAUGAUGUAUCUUCAUGGCACAACGAGUUACUUGGAAUCGUGAUUUAAUACACCUUUUUUUUUUUUUUU